GCCGGUGACGUCAGCCGCACGCGCCACAUUCGAGCCGCGGUUUCGCGCUCUCUGCCGUGUUUACGUUAGCGCGUGACGUUAAACCCCGCGCCCGCGUCGGUUAUGAGCUUUAAUGAGCACUCAGCGCGUCUGAUCGCGUCGCGGUGUCUUCGGUCUGUGUGCUCGUUUCCUCAGAAGAUGAAGAUGAAGACGAGGAUGAGGUGAUUCCGCGAUGAGCGCCAAUCAGAGAACGUUGUUCCAGUCCUGGGGACAAAAACCCGGCACCAGUUCCAGAAAACCAGCGGCCCCCGAUGAAGACGACGAGGAGGAGGAGGAGGACGACGCCGUGAUGCUGGUGGCGGUGUACGAGGCCGAGCGCUCGCUGAGGGCCCCUCCGGAGCCGGGCUUCGACCCCUCGGCGGGCCGCGUCUGGAUCUACCCGGUGAACUUCCCGCUCCGCGAGUACCAGCUGCGGAUCUCCGAGGCGGCUCUGCUGAAGAACACGCUGGUCUGCCUCCCCACCGGCCUCGGCAAGACCUUCAUCGCCUCCGUGCUCAUGUACAACUUCUACCGCUGGUUCCCCGCCGGGAAGAUCGUCUUCAUGGCUCCCACCAAACCUCUGGUGGCCCAGCAGAUCCAGGCCUGCCACGGGGUCAUGGGCAUCCCGCAGGAACACAUGGCCGAGCUCACAGGCUCGACGGCGGCGCAGCAGCGGAGGGAUCUCUGGAGGUCCAGGCGUGUCUUCUUCUUGACUCCUCAGGUGAUGGUGAACGAUCUGAGUCGUGACACCUGUCCGGCCGCUCUCGUCAGGUGUGUGGUGAUCGACGAGGCCCACAAGGCCACCGGGAACCACGCCUACUGUCAGGUGAUUCGUGAGCUGAGCAACCAAUCACAGCAGUUCCGCGUUCUAGCACUCAGCGCCACACCUGGAGGAGACGUCAAGGCGGUGCAGCAGGUGAUCUCUAACCUGCUGAUCUCUCACAUCGAGCUGCGCUCGGAGGACAGUCCAGACGUCCAGACACACGUCCAUCAGCGCAGUCUGGAGAAGGUGGUGGUUCCUCCGGGAGAGAUGCUCUCUCAGUAUCAGACACGAUACCUGCAGGUUCUGGAGAAGUUUACGUCCCGUCUGACCCAGAUGAGGCUGCUGAAUCAGCGUGACCUGCGCUCUCUCACCAAAUACCAGAUCAUUCUGGCCCGAGAACAAUUCAGACGCAACCCACCGCCUCACGUCCAGCAGGGGCCGCAGCAGGGAGCGAUCGAGGGAGAUUUCUCCAUCUGCAUCAGUCUGUAUCACGGCUAUGAGCUUCUGCAGCAGAUGGGCGUCAGAUCUCUCUUCCUCUUCAUCCAGAACAUCUUCUCUGGACCCAGAGAGUCGACUCGCGUGAGGAACGAGCUGCAGCGGAGUCCGGUCUUCAUGGAUCUCUACAGGGAGAUGGAGAGCAUGUUCUCCUCAGCCAGCCGAGGGCCUGGAGAAACAUACGUCUACAGUCACCCCAAACUCCAGAAGCUGGAUGAAGUCGUGCUGCAGCACUUUCAGACGUGGAACGAAAGCGAAGACUCGAAGGCGUCUGCUGAGGUCAGCACACGGGUCAUGAUCUUCUCGUCGUUCCGUGAGAGCGUGCAGGAGAUCGCAGAGAUGUUGAGCCGCCAUCAGCCGCUGGUGAGGGUCAUGACCUUCAUGGGUCAGGCGUCGGCCGGGAAAGGUGUCCGAGGAUUCACUCAGAAAGAGCAGCUGGAGGUGGUUCGUCGGUUCCGUGACGGGGGUUUUAACACACUAGUGUCCACGUGUGUGGGCGAGGAGGGUCUGGACAUCGGUGAGGUGGACCUGAUCGUGUGUUUUGAUGCUCAGAAGAGUCCGAUCCGUCUGGUCCAGCGUAUGGGUCGUACGGGCCGCCGGCGUCAGGGACGAAUCGUGGUCAUUCUGGCCGAGGGCCGCGAGGAGCGAACGUAUAACCAGAGCCAGAGCAACCGGCGCAGCAUCAACAAGAGCAUCAUGGGAAACAAGCACAGCUUCCAGAUGUUUGCUCACAGUCCGCGCAUGCUGCCCGCCGGGGUCACUCCCACCCUGCACAAGAUGCACAUCAGCUGCGGUCAGUUCCAGCACAGACCGCUGAAGAGCCGCCGAUCAUCUCUCGCUCCGCAGAUGACCGGAGGAGAGCAGAAGUGUGUGAAGGACGCAGGGUUUCUGAGCGCUGCUGAAGAGGCCGAGUGGACGUCCAGCUUCAGGCUGUCUUCAGAUGAGCCUCAGCCGGUCCUCAGACCCUCGACGCUGCUGACCUUCAGUGACGAUCCGCUGGAGCAGGGUCAGAGUGUGUCGGGGCCCGUCCGGGAGCUGUCCCUGUGGGAGUGGAGACACUGGCAGAACAGACCUCUUCACUCUCACAGUCUGGGACAUUCAGAGAGAUGUCUUCAUUUCACCUCCAUCAUGGAGCUGAUCGACAACAUGAGACAGGAGGAGCAGGAACACUGCAGUCUGGAGUCUGAGACCAUGGUGCAUCUACAGGAGGAGGAUCUAGAUGAUGGAGGAAAAACAAAACCAGACACUGCUGAUGAAAUCACUCGACAGAAGACUAAACCAAACACUGCUCAACAUGUGCGAGUCUCCUCUCAUCAUCAGCAGUGUUCGGAUGAAACCCAUAAAGAUCAGACACGAGAGAAUCUUCGAGGAUCUUCAGAGAAGUGUCCCGUCACAGAAGAACCCUUGAGCCCGAGCGUCGAGGACGAGGUGGACCUGAUUGAUCUGUUAGAAGAUCAGAGCUUAGGUCUUCAGCAGAUGUUUUAUGAGAACAUCAGUCCUAAGCGCUGCCAUCACGAUCUGGCAACCCCAGCUUUUCAGACCAUCCUGGCCAACGUCAGAGAUCUCCUGACCAGAUCUCCACCGAAGAACCUCGAGUUUAAUCUCCCAGAGAUCAGCAACCAGCCGAAAGAGUCGCUUGAUGAACGCUUUCACGUGACAUUCAGCUUGUUCGCUGACGAGCCGUCGGUUAACGAAGAUCCUGAUCAGAAACCAGCAGCUGUUUCUCCAGACUGGGACGAGCUUUUUGAUGAAGAACGGGAUCGAGCUAAAGACCAGGAGAACUUAAAUGAGAGCGUUGAUCUGUUCGGAGACGACGAAGCCUUCCUUCAGAUGAGCGUUCCUGACGUCCAAACACCCGACGGGAGCACAGGACCUGAAGGAAACCCUCCUGCUGAUGGAAGCAGAGGGUCAGAUCAGGGCUUCAGCUGCUCGCAGGACUUCUUCUCCGUCAACUUUGAGCUGGGCUUUGACUCUGAGGAGGACGAACCGAAUGAUCCAGCAGAUACAGGACCUCGUCCAUUAGGAGGAAGCUCUACAUGCUCUGAGCGAUCUCCACGUGUCUCUGACCAAACCAGACCCAGCGCUUCCACACCCAGCCAUGUGUUCCUGCCUCCGCUGGGCCCCAGAACAGAAGAUCAGCGUCCGUCAGCCCUCAGGUCCUCACAGAGAAGACAGACCGCACCAACAGGCGUGUUGAGCAGCGACAGCGAGACAGACGAGACGUCUCUGAGGACUCUAAAGGUCAAGCCGGUGUUUUCUCCCGAGCAGUCAAAGCUCUUCAGUGACGUUGAUUCUCCGGUCCAGGCCCGUCGGAAGCGAGCGGCUGCGAUAAACACGUCGGAGGACAGCGACGGAGGUCUGCUGUCAGACGAUGACUUCCAGGACGUCUCUGUUCAUCAGCCCCGAGCCGCGGAGUCUCGUCUCGUCAGGAGGCCUCAUAAGGUGCGUCGCGAGGGAAGGCAGUUUCUGGACGAGGAGGCCGAGCUCUCAGAGGAUGAAGAUGUUUCUUCUGAUGAAGAUGAUGGAGAGGAGCAGAACGACUCUCUGCAGGGGUUCGUGGUGAACAGCACUCAGUGCUCGCAGGGUCUGAACGACUCUGAGAUGCAGGCGUUCUAUCUGAAGUCUGUGAGGAGUCCAGCGCUGCAGAACCGGCUACGAAUGACGUAUAAACCCAAACACAACAUGGAUAUCUUCUCACAGGUGCCGGAGCAGGACGAGACGUACGGAGAGGACAGCUUCGUGGUUGAUGGGAGCGAGGAUGAGGAGGGAGAGAGCGGCGCUGACGAAGAGCCCGUGGAGGUGAUCCAUGAAGACUCGUACGUGGACGGGAGGAAGCAGUACGCCACGCGCCGCCGAGUCCAGAUCCGACAGAUCCGAGCGGAGAGGAGCGGGAAGAGCAAGCGCUCGCGGAUCAUCCGGCUCCAGGACUCCAGCGAGGAGGAGGAGCAGACGGACCCUGUGUUUAAAGUGCCUCAGCGUCUCCAGAGCGCCUCCGGAGCGACGGAGCGAGACGACAGGAAGCGGCAGAGACUCAGCGAUCAGGCGGCGCUCUCGGACGAGCUCGACUUCCUCCCGCAGAGACAGGGGACUGCAGCGCCUGCGCAGACGCAGCUCCCGCCGGCCGCAGACGCUCCUCUGAGAGUUCUGGUGGACAGCCGCUGCAUCAGCGGGGGGUCAGAGGUCGUGUCCCGUCUGCGUCUGCGGCACGGCCUGCAGGUCCACGUCUGCUCUCUGAUCAGCCCGGACUUCAUUGUGAGCAGCCGCAUGGCGGUGGAGCGGCAGAGCGAGUCCGAGCUGGCCGGCCUCCAGAGCCGCAGACGUCUGCAGGAGAGAGUGCAGCAGCUGCAGACGGCCUUCGAGCGUGUGUGUCUGAUCCUGGAGAGAGACCGCACCAGACCCGGGGAGCUGGGCCGAGUGUUUCAGCGCAGCCGGUGUUUUGACGGGACUCUAGCGGCGCUGGUGAAGGCCGGCGUGAGGCUGCUGGUCAGCACCGGUCCAGACGACACCGCAGCUCUACUGGCUGAACUCGCUCAGGUGGAGCGGAGGAAAGGUCAGGCCAUCGGCGUGCCCCUGGAGGUCAGAGGUCACCGGCAGCAGGCGCUCCAGUUCUACCUGACGCUGCCUCACGUGAGCUACGUCAGCGCUCUGAACAUGUGCCAUCGCUUCCGCUCCGUCAGUCACGUGAUCAACAGCUCUGUGGAGGAGCUGCAGGCGUCUGCGCAGAUGAGCCGCUCCCGAGCCGAGGACGUCUACCGCUGUCUGCGCUACAGCUGUGACCCUGCGCUCCUGACUCAGCUCUAACCGAUGCUCAACACUUUAAUGCAUUAUGAAAUAUAGAUUUAUUUUAAGAAUAAUCAGGAUUAUAUCAUCCCUUUGUGUGAUGUAAAUGUUUUCCGUUUAGGAAAGUUCUGCGCAUCAGAUUAUGAAUGUUGCCGUUACGGUAAUUCUGAAGUAUUUAUGUUUACAGGUGACUCUGUGUGAGCAGGAACUACUCUGAGAAAUAAAAGAGCGUGAUCUUUU